AAAAAAUGGACGAAAUCGAUCCCGACGAACUUUUCAACUUGGAUCCGCCUCAGCCGGAUCCAAUGUCCGACAUCAUCCGUGUCGAGUCGAAGCGUGACACGUCUCUGAAUUUCGAGCUUCUUGCGACUCGAAGCGGCAACGUACUUUGCGUCGAUGUAGAUUUCUACCUUUUAGGUGGAGCUCUUGCAGACGUGAUCGACUUUCGUCUACACAGCCGCGAUGCGUUUCUGGUGGAUGCGACGGAUCCAGACGAGCCAAGCGGUCAGGCCUGGCGUCGCAAAGGCAAAUGCAACGAACUUGUCCUCUCCUUGUUCAGCAAGCAGGUGAUCAACGAUCCGAACAUUCGAUACUACGCACGGUCUUGCACGACGAACAAGAUCCUCAGUCAGGACUUUGUCGAGGUCGUUCCGGAAUCGGAACGCAUGCCAGACUUGAUGCCGGUUUACGAACUACUCUUGCUGUUUCAAGCUCGACUCAAGUCGGCGCGACGAGGGCGGUUGGCGUUUGAGCGGGAUUGCGGUUACACAGUCGAAGACCUUGGCUUGUGCUAUGCUGGCGUUUUGUUGGAAGUGUUUUACACACAUGGAAUCGACAUGAUGUUGACGGACAGGGUUUCGCUAUCGCGCAAGGUGAAGGUCGCAUACGUGGAGGAACUUCUCUACGACCAAGAAAACAAGCUAUCGGCGCAAGGUAAUAGGCAUUUGAGAUACAACAUAUGUCAUAGGUCUCUUGUAUUUGACUUGUAUUUGACCUGUAUUUGACCUGUAGGAGUCUUCAUCAUAUCGCGUUUUCAUCAUCUUGCAAUAUUUUCAGAAUUUUAGAUUAUUUAGAUUUUUAUAACAUGAAGAUGAAUAAAUCUAAAAAAUCUAAAAAGUGAGGUCUUUUCUAGGUCAGUUUCGUGUUUCAUAAGAGUCCGAAGAUCUUGCUCACCACCUUCAAAAGUAACAUAGAAACCCAACUCCAGACCCGUACUCUAAAUAAUCUAAAUUUUCUAAACAAUCAAAAACAUUGCAACUCCUGUGACGGAUCCUUUAUCUUAGAAGACCGUAGGGGAAGGGAUGACACGACUCGACUGAAGACCAUGCUGUAGUGAUUCUACGGUGUGCGUCUACUCAAUUCCGGAAUCUUGCUGUCUGAUCCCCGGCCCCUCUUCAUCGUUCUUGCGUUGAGAAUAAUAGUCAACUUUACUAGUCAACAUUUGGGUGACAAGAGAUGGCCAAAUACAGGUGAAAUACAGGUCAAUUAUUGAGUUUAGGUGAAAUACAGGUCAAAUACAAGUCAACUGCAAGGUCAAAUACAGGUGAAAAAUCUAGUGAAAGUUUUGGUCGAUGAUGAGGCUCCAUCGAGUACUGACAUUCACAACUGGACUGCUCCGGUUGUGAAGAAACGUCAACUCUCUUGCAAGACUUCUGAGAUUUUCAUGUAAAUAUAGUGGCAAUUCUAUUGUUCUCUCUGUGAGUAGUUUUCAAAUGUAUUUCCACAUCAUGAAUUUCCCAAAUUUUUCAUUCAAAUGAAACACUCUCACACGAUCUCAAAAACAAACCAGGUAGUCUACAAGUGAGCGAGUUGCCGAAAAGAAUGGGACCUACGCAGUUUCUGGCGAUUUGCUUGGAGUAUGGACACUCUAGCUUCCUACGCAUCAUCGCUGAUUCGUUAUCUGUGGAAUACGAGAAGCUUCUACUCGAGACAGGGAUGCCCAUGGAGUCAGGUGCUAACUUUCUAUUUCGAAGUUGUUCUUGAGUUGAAGAAUACAAGUGAAAUAUAGGUGAAAUACAGGUGAAAUACAGGUGAAAUAUAGGUUAAUUGUGAUUAUUGUCUUCUUGUUCUUGGUGAUCAAAUAGCAAGCUUCUCAACUUACUGAAUGCUAAGACCUAGUCUUGUUCUGUUACUCAUCUGGAGUUGUUUAGUCGUUGAGCAUUUGCGUGACGUGUAUCAAGACCCUUAUAAUGUCGUAGCGAUAAACUUACUCUCCAAAUUGAAUUUUAUUAGCUUUUCAAUUUCAAAACGUAAAAUUUUGUUUUUAUUCAUUGAGUGGAAAACUUAAAUUGUGACGAUCGCGAACGAAUACACGCUUUGUCAGCCAUGAUCUGGAUGAGAGACAUCACGCUUACUACACAUUUUCGCUUGAAGCCCCAUCUUAUUCCAUGAAGUCUGGUGUAGCCUAUUGCCCUCUCAUGUACAAACUUACCAUCUACUCCAGGUUGGAAGCGAUGCAGACGAGCGGAGUACGCUACGCGUGUACCAGUAACGGGCGUUCAACCAAUUCCACCUGGGCAGCAGGUCACCACUUUCCAGGACAAGAUUGCGGUCCUCGCGACAGAGGAUGGGCAUCAUUCUACGCGUACGCGAGCACGAGGGAAUCUUCUGUGGGGUCAUCUGGUAACGUUAUUGACCUUGAAGGUGAAGAGCAUGGACGAGGAGCACAGCGAUCCUUCUAAUCCAAUCGGUCUUGCCAUGGAUGGUGUAACUAUCGGAGGAAGGAAGUUCAAGAACGUGAGGAUUCGAGGGGACUGGUUUCACUCUGGUUUGAUGACGACUCUCCAGAUUCCGCCGCUGAUCAUCGAGCAGUACACUUCGAAGGACAUGGCAGAUUACAUCAAGAGCAACGUUCGCCUACGUCGCAGUGAAGCUGACAAAGACAGGCUGAAGCAGUCCGUGGAAGCUGCUGCAGUUCGGAAACGUUUGAGCUGGUUGUUCAGCACCUUGUCGCUGCUGGAGGAGCGUGGCGUGCAUCUAGCAAUCGAUAAAGGAUCAGAUGAGAGAUUCUUUUGGUGUUGGUGCCUGGCGAACGGCUACCGCAUUGCCAUCGAUUUCGAUCAACCUCACGUUGAGAGCCGAACGAUGGUACGACUGGCUGAGUUCCUUCUUCCUGCUGAUUUCGGGAGGUUCACCAAGAUCAGAUCCACUGCUGAUGGAGUGUUCAGCGUGCGGAUGGGUUCGUUCUUCCGUGCAUUCAGCAGUCUUCCGAAUAGCGAUAUGAUUGAUCUCCUUUCUGAUCUACAAGAUGUCGCUAUGCAGGUGACGGGAAAGCAUGUUGACGAUCCGGAGUUUUGCGAGUGUAUGCGGGACCGCGUGGCGACGAUCAGUGGAGAGCUGAGCAAUUUCAGCGGCAGCAAGCGGUGGGCCAAGUAUGCGCAUGCGGCGGAAUUCGUUUGCGAGAAUCGAGAUCUACUCAGUCUAGUGGUGCAUGCGCUUUUGGAGAAAUCGAGACCUGCUGUACUUCGACUUCCAGCGAGGGUCGGAAUCGACGUGGCGAAAGAAUCUGGCCAAACUACGCGAGUCACACUGAACCAUAGUGACCUGGUGAACGCCCGAAUGACUCUCGAUCAGCACAAGCUCGCUGAGUAUGACGAUGAUAUCAGUGACAAUGAGGACCGCGGUACUUUUCUAUGCAGUUGGUUAGCAUUCUUGUAGUUCCUACUUGAAAAGACUGUGCAACAUAUUCUAUAUCUGUACUCCAUACAACGAAGACAACUUGUUGGUCAUGACAGAAAGAUUCUCGAUUCACUACUCCUCUUCAUCUUCUCGACUUGCAUCCAUGUCUAAAUACAUUCUGUGCCAGAUGAUGAGGACCGUGAGAAGCUGAAAGACGACGAGCGAGCCAAUUCCUCUGAUGAAGACGAGAUUCGAGCAAAAGCGGAUCGGAUUGAACGUGCCAAGCGGGUAGUUCGUGAUGAUGAAGAAGCUGAUCAUCAAGUGGUGGGCGACAAGAUGAACAAUGACGCGACUUUCCUGAGAGAAAGGAAUAAAAGCAAGAAGAAGAGCGCUAUAGCUAGUCGACGACUGCACUUGGAGGUUUUGCCGCGGGAGUUCGACCAUGACGUUGUUUUACCUGGUGAUCCAAUUCGGCCAGCUCGUCCGACCGAGCGAGAAGUCGACAAAUCUCUGCUCGCGAUCUUGUGGAACGUCAUGAAUGACCCCGAGGACAUGCUUCACAUUCUUCUAUACCGGCGUUUGUGCGGACCUCAGCUCUACUAUCACAGCUUGGGCAUUAUGUUGAGUCACAAUCACCUCUAUGCUCGCAAGUUUCUCUACACGCAAUGCGCGGAUCUACUGGCAGAAAACGCAGCACUCUUGAACAGCCAACAGAGUGCAGAGUUGAAGCUAUGGGUUGAGAAGAAUGGCCGUGAUGAGUACGUGUGCAAGCGACAGGGAGACUUUUUCUUAGAGGUACUUUGAACUGUUUGGAAACUCAGAAACUGAUACUGUUUUCUCCGAUAGAUUCACGUGCUACACACCAUCUAUUACUUUGGAAAAGAGUCUUUGCGGUUCUGUAUUGAAUCUUUAGGCCCAUUCUACAUUGCCGUUUCAAAAACAUCCAGGUACUUCGAUCAACGAUGCGAACUGCGCAAGUGCGAAUGGCUCUGCAGCAACGUAUUUGGAUGUACAGUUACAUGGGCGGUGACGACCUGACGUUGGAUGAGGUGAAGAGUCAGAAUCAAGACCGCGACUUGGGCAAGCACUUCAUGUACAUCUACGACAACAGGAAGAAGUGGCAGGAGAAGAGUGGGUUUGAUGAGUCAGGCCUGAGGACUUGCGACUACAACUGUGACCUACUAACGACGGAGCGGGAUCCUAUGACGAAUCGCGAAGUAGGUGGUCGCAUUGUACUGACGAGCUACACUAGCUGGCGCCCGAGACGUGUUCAAACUCCAGCGAGUUUUGAGAAACGACUGGCUCAUGUAAUGAAAGAUCUGCAGACUUGGGAUACGGAGCAGGCCGAAGCUGUCCGCAGAGUCAUGAUGAACCAGCACAAGUACUACUGUGUGAAAGAGUUUCAGUCCUUGUUGGAUGAUGGCGGCUACGUUGAAGCAGUGGACUUUGCAACGAAGUGGAACUCAUGCCGAACGCUGGGGACAAGGGAUAUUGAGGCAGGUGGAGGAAAGCAAAGCCGGGCAUGUAGAAAAGCAAAUCAGAGUGGUUCUGUUGUCGGGGUACUUCAAAAGUGUUCUUGUAUCUGUAGAGCGAGUUAUUUAAAGACUUCAGUAUUUAGUUUCUAACAUCUGACUCUCUUCGAAAUUCUACACGUUCUUGAGCUGAUUUUUCCGAUCCAGAUUUCCGACUAUGAUCUUCAUCCUUCUACUCUAGUUUUCAUAUUAUGAUCUUGUUAUCGCAAAAGAAUCGAGACCUUCGACACUAUCACACUUUGCAUCAAUUGGGCUGAGCCCUUCACCACUACUUCAUCAUCUCACAUCAGACCAUCCCGUAUUACUUGUACGAAGCGACCGUGCCGGUCUGGAUUCCAUGGCUGAAACCAGUGAACCCGUUUCCACGACCUGGCCAAAAGCAGAGGCAAGUUGGUUUCAAGGAGAAUUUUUCAGCGUUAGAUGGACGUGGUCGACCUGAGGACUUUGCUUGUGACAGCAAAGCGGAGCUGCAGACGCUCUGCUUCGGUGAUGGAGCCUUUGAGUCGAAUACCAUCGGUCUUUGCAGCUUCGCCGACUUUCAGCAGUGGUACAAGGAGUACACUGACUGUCCUACGAAGCGUGAAGGAUCAGCAGUGCAGCAGUGUCGGGAGUAUCUGUCUGAAAUGCCAUCUGUCGGUCAGAAGGAAAUCACAGCAGAAAUGGGCUCCGUGCUGAAAGUGAACCCGACGGAUCAUGGAUUGAGCGAUGCUCAGCUGGAGGGGAUGGCGGGUUUCAAGAUGGAUCCGCAAGGGCUUCCAGACGUUUUUGAUGCUGAGAUGUUCUUGUACGAAUGUGAAGACCACAUCUCGUCUGACACUGUGCACUCGCAGAAAGUUUGGCGUCGUGGAAGACUGCAGGCUUUGUACCUACUCGGCAUCUUACAGAAGAAACGACUGCGCAAGGAGCCCCUCGUCCUGAAGUGCAAGCAGAGCUACACGCCGCGGGCAAACAACAACAUGCUUGUUUACGAUGUGUUGGUCGAUAUUUGCAUGGUGAAGUGCAUCGAGCUCAAUCCGGACGACAAGGGCGACCCGACGGACUUCAAGCGCAACAGCGCUGGCGGCAAGGAUGCAGAGAAAGACGCGACGAAGAACCCGGCAUCGGAGGAGCAUGCCGCCGAGUCUAAACAGGCAGUUCCGGAGAAGCCCGAGGCUGGUCCAAAUCAGCCAGCGAAAGAGCGUACUUUUAUUUGAUCGACUGUUGAUCUUCUCGAAUUCGAAUGUCUUUUCAUGAGUAAUCGUGUUAUUUUUUCAUUAUUCCAAAAGCGCAGGUUUGUUGCCCCCGGACGAUUUCGAGGAGCAAGAGGUGGAUGCUGACUCGCGCAGACGACUACAAGCAAUCGAUGGGUCGAAUGCAGACCUCAAUCCGCUCAGCAAAGAGCGGUACCUGAACGAUUUGGAUGCGGGGAAGACCGUCUUGUUCAAGUUGCCGGAGAAGAGGGAGAACUGGAUGUUUCCUAUCCCGACAUCGAUGAUCGCGCAGAAAAGCUAUGUCAAAGGGCUUGUGCUGCAGCCCUUCAGCAUCGCAGAAGGUGGAGGCCAUUGCUGUCAGCAAAUGCACAUCGUCGACGAUGCGUACUGGGCUCGUGAUGAACAAUGGAGACAACGAAUUGCUAUUCCGGGCAAGUCUCGAAUCAUGCAGCCGCUUGCUGCUGCGGAAGAAUACGGCUUCUUCGUCGACGACAACUUUGCGAAGGGAUUCAAGGGUGGCCGCAAAGCGAACAUCAUGCAGACAGUGAAGCUACUUGCCCACGAUGAACCACGCCGCCUCGAGUUGAUCCGUGGCACCGAUUGGACGACCAGUGGUCACGACGAGGAUACGGGAGAAGUCAUCAUCAACGGGCCGCUUGGUCGACUAGAAUCUGCGAAUGUGUGUCAUAGAACUCAAACCAUCCGCUCUGUCGAGAAUCCGCGAAUGGUGCUUGCUGCUAUUAUCGACCCGGGAAUAGUCGAGCGCAAUUGUUCGCGACGGUAUUUGACAUCUGUUCAUCUCUUCGAAACUGAUGACGUCAACUACAUGUCUCCGCCGUUGAGUCCAGCCAGUCGAGCGAAUAUGAGUAAGAAGGAGCUGGAGUUGUACGACGCUGACCGCGCAGAACGAGCGAAGGCCCAAAGUGUUGUUGCGUAUGACCAGAACAGGCACAGAGCGGUGGCUGCGGCCGGUGCUGCGAAGAAGAAGGAAUCUGAAGAGGAGAAAGAAGAGGACGUAGCUAGCAGUGGUCGUGGGUCGGAGGCUGAUGAAGAGGAAGAGGACGAGGAUUCGCUUGGCGCUUUCUUCAUGGAGGUCAGCGAGGAAGUCAAGAAACCCGUCGUGGAGAAGAAGGAAAAGAUCAAAGUUGCAGCUCUGUUCAAGUUCGUUGACGGUCUUUCGCUGACUACACGAGAAUGGUCGGAAUUGUACUACAUCAUGGCCAUGGGCCAGACGCGAGCUGAGCAGCACUUGAUCAACCGCGGCGUUUAUCCGGAGAGGAAGUUGACGAACAAAGAUGGUCUGGAGGUUCUGACGCACGUUUCUACUCUCACAGCAACUUCACAGAAGGUCAUGGCCAAACUUUUGUCGGCGUCGAUGGAUGCAGACAAGGCCGAACGCCAGGAAGAAAGCACAACUGCGGACAAGCAGAAAAAGAAAAUGGCUACGAAGAAGGCGAUGAAGGUGUCGAAGGUGCAGCAGGUGGCCAGAUCUGUGGAUCAGGUUAACGCGGUUUUGAACGGUGAUGCGUUUGGCGGUGCGGAUGGUGGCGCAGCUGACGGUGACUUCCUGGAGGUAUUUAUAAGAACUUGAUGUCACUUGAUCAUGCUAAUCUAAUAAACAAAAGAUCUAUAUGACGAAAAGGCUUCUGAAUUAACAAUCCCUCACUCUCCUGACAGCGCCGCAACUCGCAGGGAAGCUACAUUGGUGACGAAUGGGACGGUGCUGACGAUAUGAUUGCGGAGAACGAGGUGUGUUGCGAAGUAGCUGAUGUUCCGACGGAUGAAGCAGCUCAGAUAGCACGCCGAAAUAAGUGGCUAACCACGAAGAACGCUGAGUAUGCAAGAGAGUGCAAGCUGCGACUCCAUCGAGAUGAGGACUUGGUUGAUCUUCACCUGAACGAGCGCGCAAACGGUACGAUUGUCAGAUGCGACGACUGCAAGAAACAGAUCGGUGUGUAUCAUCGCAACUGGAUCUUCGCGAAGAACGGACCGACGCUACGGUUUUACUGCUCCAACACCGGAGUGAAACCGCCGGGACCAAUGUCGUCGAAGGCAACCGGACCUGCCUCCCAUCCGCGCCUGAAGAGCCCUCCAGGAACCUAUCGCUGCUAUUGUGGUUGGUGGAGAGGAGGAAAAUGCUACAAGGAUGAGACAUAUACGGAGCUAAUUCCAUUGGGCCACAUAUGGAAUUGCAGUCUCGUCCAGGCGCGGAACGAUAUGAAGCGUAACGACAGUGAUUGUCGUCGAUCCUGCAAUGUGAUCCAGAACUUCGUGUGCAUUCCGCGCACGAAGACAUGGCAGGCUCGUACGCUUGAGCGCGACGGGGAGGUGUAGUAGACGUCUCAUGACGUCUACAUCCAUGGGCUGCAGGAGGAGACGCAGUCCAUUUCUAUGUUUUUUUUGUACAAAACAAUAUUUUUUUCUGGGGCCGGCAAAUUCCGGCAUUGUGGUACAUUAUUUUCCCAUGCACAUUCAUGGGCAUGAAUUCAGUCAUUUUUUUUGCAAGGACAUUGUACAUCACGGUUUUGCGGGACCUUGCCGACAUGGAUACACACGAGCACAUCUUGGACAUACAUGA